AUGCCGUGCGAUGGGAAAAAUGUGAAUUGUGAGAAAAGACGAGAAUUACUGGCACAGCUAAAAUGCUUAAUUAGUUCUAUGGAUAGAAAUUUCUAUUGUAGAAAACCAUGCGAAUGGGAUGAACCGUUUUGUCCACCUCCUGUUGUUUGUCCAGUUUCACCUUGCAGUAAUGAUCUCCCCUGUUGCAAUCCAGUCAAACGUUGUAAAAGUUUCGAUUUUCGGGCAAGUAUUAUAUAUAGAUGCGAGUGUAUCAAAAGAAAUGGUUUACAAGAUAGAUGCAUGAUGUGGGACUGCAUGGGUAGACCAGAGUGCAUGACAAAGUUGUACCCUGUUUGUAAUCCAGGCCAAUAUGCUUUAUUGAAGUUAACUGACUUGGGAGAUGUAGAAGUUGCAUUGAGAAAAUUUUACUGUGCCGAUCAAGCAAGAGAAUCUGCUUUAGCAGCAUAUUGUAGAUUAUCUUGUAAUAAUGCUAAACAGUCUUGCUGUCCAACUACACAAAAAUCACCAUGUCCUCCAUGUCCUCCAUGUCCUAUCCCUUGUUGCAUACCAUCAUCAUCAGUGCCACCUUGCAUUUCUUACAAUCUUUGUGUACCUUGUCCACCACCUUGUCCACCGCCUUGUUCACCAUGUUGUCCACCACCAUGUCCACCACCUUGUCCGCCACCUUGUCCACCACCUUGUUCACCGUGUUGUCCACCACCAUGCCCACCACCUUGUCCACCAUGUUGUUUACCUCCAUGCCCACCACCUUGUCCACCACCUUGUUCACCAUGCUGUCCACCACCCUGUUCACCAUGUUGUCCACCACCAUGCCCACCACCAUGCCCACCACCUUGUCCACCAUGUUGUCCACCACCUUGUCUACCAUGUUGUUUACCUCCAUGCCCACCACCUUGCCCACCAUGUUGUUUACCUCCAUGUCCACCACCAUGCCCACCACCAUGCCCACCACCAUGCCCACCAUGUUUACCAUGCAUACCUUAUUGUUCUCCAUGUCCACCACCUUAUGUUGUUUGUAACCCACCUUCAUGUGCUAUUCCUUGUACACCUUGUUAAUUUUUUGUAUCUUAUCUGUCAUCUAUCCUUUUAUUAAAUAUUAUGAAUGUCUUUAAUAUUUCAAUACACCCUCAUUUAUCAAAAUUACACAAUUUUUAUAUACAACCCUAUGUUAUAAAAAUCAAAAUGAAACCUCUUUGACAAAUUCUUUAAAAUCUGUUAUACAUACUUUGUAUC